GGCUGCUUUCGUUAAAAAAAAAUAAAAAUGGCUCAAAUGCCACAGGAUUGCAGGCUCAGAAAUGCAAAGUAGCACUUUAAAUGAAUGCAAUACAGAUAGAAGUGAGUGGGGUUUUCAACGGUAUCUUGAGCACUGUGUGACCCAGUAAGGAAUGCAUGUUUACAACAGGGCAGUCUCCUGGCUGGGACAGACUACUAACCACAAGCAUAGCAUCUGAAUAUAAAGUUAAGGCAACACCAUCAUUUAAAGCAUGCUGCCCCUGAAUGAUUUACAACCCCAGACACAAAAACAAGCUUAUUCACCCAUCGGUCUGUGGAACCAUUUGCAAUCUCAGAUUAAUUUCACUGGAAAGGUUGCAUACUUAUGGGGUAAACUGCAUUCCUUUCCUUUUAAGGAGAUGUUAUCUGGGAGUUAUUUUUUAAUUGCUGAAAAAUGUUAGAAGGCUAGUUUUCAGGGCUGGCACUGAAACAGGCACUUUAUCACAUUGCAUAUAGAUGAAAGGAUCUAGACACGCACUGCAAAAUAUGCAUCAAACUUGCAUUGCAUAAGACUCAUGUGUAUCACCGUUUUGUAACUCUAUUGGCCUGGUUCUUAUUUUAAAAAAAUGUGUAAUUCACUCAUUUGAUGAAAAUUUCUCUCUGGGUGAAGUCCUGAAAGUCCAAGAACCCCUUUAGAAAGACAUAUUCCUCCAAAUACAAGGGUACAUUAUCAGAGACAGUGGUGGUGAUGUAUGAAAACCAGAGACCUCUAUGACUCAGGGAGGUGAUGAACUGACAGGCAGAUGGAGCCCAUUAUCCUCACUUCUCAGUCCAAGUUUUCCCUGUAAAACUAACAGAGGAGAAGGAUUUUAAGCAAGCACAAGGCACAGACCGCAAGAAAAAGACUGGGAAGAACUGAAAAAAACAAGGAGCGAGACACAAGAUAUUGCUCAGGUUGUAAAGCGGUUUCCUUCAGUCUGCCUUUGAGAGUUUUAACAAAAAUGUACAAUUUUUGCAAAUUUUCCAGCUACUAGGUUUGAAUACUUCUAAUGAAAUUGUCACUGCCACGCAAAGAGUUCACUUUUUCCAUCUAUCUGUUUGGACUGUGAAAAUUCAUUUUGAAGAACAGGAUGUUUCAGACCAUUGUUCGGCAAGCAACUACAGCUUAUCGUCCACUUCCUACGCACCACCCAGGGGAGCCUGGAGUGAAGUAUACUGGCAAGAUGGUCCAUGAAACCCAACUCAGUUGCUUCUACAUCACACCUGGAGGUUCCAACUAUGCGAGUCCCCGUCCAGCUCAUGCCAACAUGAAUGCCAAUGCAGCUGCAGGGCUUGCACCUGAGCAUAUCGCUACUCCAGGUGCAGCCCUUUCCUGGCAGGCUGCUAUCGAUGCUGCCAGGCAGGCCAAAUUGAUGGGUGCAGCCGGCAAUGCAACAAUAUCCACCGUCAGCUCCACACAGAGGAAACGGCAGCAGUAUGGGAAACAGAAAAAACAGGGUACCACCACAGCUACACGUCCUCCCCGGGCACUGCUGUGUCUAACACUGAAAAAUCCCAUCCGGCGGGCAUGCAUCAGUAUUGUUGAAUGGAAACCAUUUGAAAUUAUUAUUUUACUGACUAUUUUUGCCAAUUGUGUGGCCUUAGCUAUCUAUAUCCCCUUUCCAGAAGAUGAUUCCAAUGCUACUAAUUCCAAUCUGGAACGAGUGGAAUAUCUCUUUCUCAUAAUUUUUACAGUGGAAGCAUUUUUAAAAGUAAUAGCAUAUGGACUUCUCUUUCACCCUAACGCUUACCUCCGCAAUGGCUGGAAUUUACUAGAUUUUAUAAUUGUGGUAGUAGGGCUUUUUAGUGCAAUUUUAGAACAAGCAACCAAAGCAGAUGGGGUAAAUUCAAUAGGAGGCAAAGGUGCCGGAUUUGACGUCAAAGCACUUCGGGCUUUCCGAGUAUUGCGUCCCUUAAGGCUGGUAUCUGGAGUUCCUAGCCUCCAGGUGGUUUUAAAUUCCAUUAUCAAGGCCAUGGUCCCUUUGCUGCACAUUGCCCUGCUGGUGCUGUUUGUCAUAAUUAUCUAUGCUAUCAUUGGAUUGGAGCUCUUCAUGGGGAAGAUGCACAAGACUUGUUAUAAAGAGAGCUUAUCAGAUACACCAGCGGAAGAUGAACCCUCUCCUUGUGCACCUGUAUUUGCGCAUGGGCGGCAAUGUCAGAAUGGCACUGAAUGCAGACCAGGAUGGGAAGGACCUAAGCAUGGCAUUACCAACUUCGACAAUUUUGCCUUUGCCAUGUUAACUGUGUUUCAGUGCAUCACCAUGGAGGGCUGGACAGAUGUGCUAUACUGGGUCAAUGAUGCCAUAGGAAGGGACUGGCCCUGGAUCUAUUUUGUUACACUAAUCAUCAUAGGGUCAUUUUUUGUACUUAACUUGGUUCUUGGUGUACUUAGCGGGGAGUUUUCUAAAGAGAGAGAGAAAGCAAAAGCUCGAGGUGACUUUCAAAAGUUGCGAGAGAAACAGCAGCUGGAGGAGGACUUGAAGGGAUAUCUGGACUGGAUAACUCAAGCAGAAGAUAUCGACCCAGAAAAUGAAGAUGAGGGCAUGGAUGAAGAGAAGCCCCGAAACAAAAACGCUCCAGCUGGCUUGCCUGAUAAGAAGAAAGGAAAGUUUGCUUGGUUUAGUCACUCCACAGAAACUCAUGUGAGCAUGCCCACCAGUGAGACAGAAUCUGUGAACACCGACAAUGUGGCUGGAGGAGAUAUUGAAGGAGAAAACUGUGGAGCACGGCUGGCGCACCGGAUAUCUAAAUCUAAGUUUAGCCGCUACUGGCGUAGAUGGAAUCGGUUCUGCAGACGGAAAUGUCGAGCUGCUGUCAAAUCCAAUGUGUUCUACUGGCUCGUGAUCUUCCUUGUGUUUCUUAACACCCUCACAAUUGCCUCUGAACAUUAUAACCAGUCAGAUUGGCUCACUGAAGUCCAAGGAGACACUGCCAAUAAGGUACUGCUGGCUCUUUUCACGGCUGAGAUGCUCCUGAAGAUGUACAGCCUGGGUCUUCAAGCCUACUUUGUCUCUCUCUUCAACCGCUUUGACUGUUUCAUUGUGUGUGGUGGAAUCCUAGAGACCAUCUUGGUGGAAACAAAGAUCAUGUCACCACUGGGUAUCUCAGUGCUGAGAUGUGUGCGACUGCUAAGAAUUUUUAAAAUCACAAGGUAUUGGAACUCUUUGAGUAAUUUGGUGGCUUCCCUGCUCAACUCUGUGCGCUCCAUCGCCUCCCUGCUGCUACUUCUCUUCCUCUUCAUCAUCAUCUUCUCCCUCCUAGGGAUGCAGCUCUUUGGGGGCAAGUUUAACUUUGAUGAGAUGCAAACCAGGAGAAGCACAUUUGACAACUUUCCCCAGUCGCUGCUCACUGUGUUUCAGAUCCUGACUGGGGAGGACUGGAAUUCGGUGAUGUAUGAUGGGAUCAUGGCUUAUGGCGGCCCCUCUUUUCCAGGAAUGUUGGUCUGUAUUUACUUCAUAAUCCUCUUCAUCUGUGGAAACUACAUCUUGCUGAAUGUCUUUUUGGCCAUUGCUGUGGACAACCUUGCUGAUGCCGAGAGCCUGACAUCUGCUCAAAAAGAGGAAGAAGAGGAAAAAGAAAGAAAAAAACUAGCUAGGACUGCUAGUCCUGAAAAGAAACAGGAGCCUGAGAAGCCAGCUGUGGAGGGGGAGACAAAGGAGGAGAAAAUUGAACUGAAAUCGAUCACUGCCGAUGGAGAAUCUCCACCUUCUAAUAAGAGCAAUGUAGAUGAAUGUCAGCCUAAUGAAAAUGAAGAAAAGAAUCCUUAUCCUACUACAGAGACACCAGGAGAAGAGGAGGAGGAAGAGCCUGAGAUGCCUGUUGGGCCUCGUCCACGCCCAAUGUCCGAACUGCACCUCAAGGAGAAAGCUGUGCCAAUGCCAGAAGCCAGUGCUUUUUUCAUCUUCAGCCCCAGCAACAGGUUUCGGGUCCACUGCCACCGCAUUGUUAAUGAUAACGUUUUCACCAACUUGAUCCUCUUUUUCAUCUUACUCAGCAGUAUCUCUCUGGCAGCUGAGGACCCUGUCCGACAUACCUCCGUUCGGAAUCAAAUUCUCUUUUAUUUUGAUAUAUUUUUUACUGUCAUUUUCACCAUUGAAAUUGCUCUGAAGAUCCUAGGCAAUGCAGAUUAUGUCUUCACUAGUAUCUUUACAUUAGAAAUUAUUCUUAAGAUGACUGCUUAUGGAGCGUUCCUUCACAAAGGCUCCUUCUGCAGGAACUACUUCAACAUCCUGGACCUGCUGGUGGUUAGCGUUUCUCUCAUCUCCUUUGGGAUCCAGUCUAGUGCCAUCAAUGUAGUGAAGAUACUACGAGUCUUGCGAGUGCUCAGACCACUGAGGGCUAUCAACAGAGCCAAAGGAUUAAAGCAUGUGGUUCAAUGCGUGUUUGUAGCCAUACGUACCAUAGGGAACAUUGUGAUUGUCACCACGCUGUUGCAGUUCAUGUUUGCCUGCAUUGGAGUCCAGUUGUUCAAGGGCAAACUAUAUAGUUGCACUGAUAGCUCCAAGCAAACAGAAGCAGAGUGCAGGGGCAAUUUUAUCACCUACAAGGAUGGAGAAGUGUCUCAACCAAUUAUCCAGGCUCGAAGUUGGGAGAACAGCAAAUUUGAUUUUGACAAUGUCCUCACUGCCAUGAUGGCCCUCUUCACUGUUUCAACAUUUGAAGGCUGGCCAGAACUGCUGUACCGAUCCAUUGAUUCCCAUAUGGAAGAUGUGGGGCCCAUUUAUAACCACAGGGUGGAGAUCUCUAUUUUCUUCAUUAUCUACAUCAUCAUCAUCGCUUUCUUCAUGAUGAACAUCUUCGUUGGUUUCGUCAUCGUCACUUUUCAGGAGCAAGGAGAGCAGGAGUACAAGAACUGUGAGCUGGACAAGAACCAGCGCCAGUGUGUCGAAUAUGCCCUGAAGGCCCGCCCCCUUCGGAGAUAUAUCCCCAAAAACCAGUACCAGUACAAAGUGUGGUAUGUGGUGAAUUCCACCUAUUUUGAAUAUUUGAUGUUCAUCCUCAUCCUGCUGAACACCAUCUGCCUGGCCAUGCAGCACCACGGUCAGAGUUGCAUCUUCAAAGAAGCAAUGAACAUCCUCAACAUGCUCUUCACUGGUCUCUUCACCGUCGAGAUGGUUCUGAAAUUAAUUGCCUUCAAACCCAAGGGUUACUUUAGUGAUCCUUGGAAUGUUUUUGACUUCCUCAUCGUAAUUGGCAGCAUAAUAGACGUCAUUCUCAGUGAAACUAAUCACUAUUUCUGUGAUGCAUGGAAUACAUUUGACGCCUUGAUUGUUGUGGGUAGCAUUGUUGAUAUAGCAAUCACCGAGGUGAACCCAGCUGAACAUACCCAAUGCUCUUCCUCUAUGAACGCAGAGGAAAACUCUCGCAUCUCAAUCACCUUUUUCCGACUCUUCCGCGUGAUGCGUCUGGUGAAGCUCUUGAGCCGAGGCGAGGGCAUCCGCACACUGCUAUGGACCUUCAUCAAGUCCUUCCAGGCUCUUCCCUAUGUGGCUCUUUUAAUAGUGAUGCUGUUUUUUAUCUAUGCUGUGAUCGGGAUGCAGGUGUUUGGUAAAAUUGCCCUGAAUGAUACCACAGACAUAAACCGGAACAACAACUUUCAGACCUUCCCCCAGGCAGUACUACUGCUUUUCAGAUGUGCUACUGGCGAAGCUUGGCAGGAAAUCAUGCUGGCAUGCCUCCCAGAUAAGAAGUGUGACCCUGAAUCCUUGGAAUCAAACAACUCUACUGAAGGUGAACAUUCCUGUGGGAGCAGCUUUGCUAUCUUUUAUUUCAUCAGUUUCUACAUGCUGUGUGCCUUCCUAAUCAUUAACCUUUUUGUAGCUGUUAUCAUGGAUAAUUUUGGAUUACUUAACACGGGAUUGGUCUAUUCUGGUCCUCAUCAUCUGGAUGAGUUUAAACGGAUCUGGGCUGAAUAUGAUCCUGAAGCCAAGGGACGUAUCAAACACCUAGAUGUGGUGACACUGCUCCGUCGGAUACAGCCUCCACUGGGCUUUGGGAAACUCUGUCCUCACCGGGUAGCUUGCAAGCGCCUUGUGUCCAUGAAUAUGCCACUAAAUAGUGAUGGGACUGUCAUGUUUAAUGCAACUUUGUUUGCACUGGUCAGAACAGCACUGAGGAUCAAAACAGAAGGCAACUUGGAGCAAGCAAAUGAAGAGCUGCGUGCAAUAAUUAAAAAGAUUUGGAAGCGCACCAGCAUGAAGCUGUUGGAUCAGGUUGUGCCCCCAGCAGGUGAUGAUGAGGUAACAGUUGGAAAGUUUUAUGCUACAUUCCUGAUUCAAGAGUAUUUCCGAAAAUUCAAGAAACGCAAAGAACAGGGCCUUGUUGGCAAACCUUCACAGAGGAAUGCUCUUUCCCUCCAGGCUGGUUUGCGCACAUUACAUGAUAUUGGACCAGAAAUUCGACGGGCAAUCUCUGGAGACUUAACAGCUGAAGAAGAAUUAGAUAAGGCCAUGAAAGAAGCUGUUUCUGCUGCCUCUGAAGAUGAUAUUUCAGAAGAGCAGGUGGCUUGUUUGGAAAUCAUGUCGGCUACUACCAAAGUGAUGGGAGAAGUUCAUUCCCUCAGACAUUCACCACUCAGCGCCCUUUGCACAUCAAUAAAUCUAGCAGCAAUCAGGGAGACACUGAAUCCCCAUCCCAUGAGAAGCUUGUGGAUUCCACUUUCACUCCAAGCAGCUACUCAUCAUCCGGCUCCAAUGCUAACAUCAACAAUGCCAACAACACUGCCUUGAGUCGCUUCCCCAGCCCACCAAGCUACCCCAGCACUGUCAGUACUGUGGAAGGCCACGGCACCCCUCUAUCACCCACUGCACGGAUCCAAGAAGUUCCUUGGAAGCUUGGCUGCAGAAGAUCCUGUUCCAGAGACAGUCAGGUGGCUAUUGUUUGUGAGGAGGAGACUUGUCAAGAGGAAGAGAAAUAUGAUGAGCAACUGAAUGAAGAAAUUGAGUACUGUGGUGAACCAAAGCUGGUACCAACUGAAA